AUGGAGCAAAGACGAAAUGCCAAAAGUGUUAGGAACUUUGUUAUACUAUUUUUGUUGAUUUUACAAAACUGCGGCGAGGCACGCAGCGUACCCAACAUCGAGAGGCGUGAUGGAUUAGCAAAGUUGGAGUUUAGCGCCAAGCAGCGUGAUGCAGAGGCAGAGGUGGAGGCGGAGGCGGGGAAGCAGGAGGAGCACAAUGUUUUUAAUUUUGCAAAAAUUUAUGAAACUUUCUAUGCACAACUCAUGCACAACACCACAGCUGGUCAGAAACAAGGACGCGGUAUUCGAAGUCCACAGGCGCAACUGAUGUGGGAGACGCCGGCGGAAGAAGUUGUGGUGGUAACAUCACCGAAGCCAUACCAUUUAGUUGAUCCAUUGCAUCCCGAUUUGGUAGCUGCAAGGAAACACACAACCACCACAAUGAAACCCUUCAGCAUACUCGAACACUUAAGCCAGGAGCAAGCGGAGCUGCUGCGUCAGCAUCGUCGCAACGUGAGUUUGAAUCUGUUGCAAGCGCUGCAUAUGGAGGAGCAGCUGCUGGAUCAACACACAACUACAGUGAAGCCAGUGAAUGUGUUUGAGCAGUUGAACGAAGAGUUGACUGAACAGGAGAAACACACGACCACAUCAAAGCCAUUCAGUAUAUUGGAGCAAUUGAGCUUGCAGCAGGCAGAGCAGCUGCGUCUCAAGUUGCCCAACAGCAGUUUUAGUUUACUCGAAGCUCUGCACAUGGAGCAGCAGCAACUGGACAACCACACGACCACAGUGAAGCCCUUUCAUUUGGCCGCGCAGUUAAAUCAAGAGCUGGACAAGCACGAGGGAGUGGAAGAACAAGCAGCGCAAUCGGCGCAAGAGGAACUCUUUGAGGUGGAGCAAACGGUGACGGCGCCGCUGGAGCAGCACAAGGAAGCGGAGCAACAGAAGGCUGUGGAACCAGAAGAAUCAACGCGUGCCAAGGACAGUCAGAAACGCAGACGUAAGAGGAUCAGGCGACGUCGUAAGCGCAUUCGACGUAGACGCAAGCGAACGCGACGACGACGCCGCAAGAAGCGCAAGAAGCGGCGUAAGAAGCGCAAGAAGAAGAAGCACAAGGGUGACAAGGAUAAAAAGAAGCGCAAGAAGCGACGCAAGAAACCGUAUGAUACACACUCUCCAGUCAUCGGACAGCAGGCGCAACUGAUUUACGCCAAUCCCACCAAGCAGCCGUAUCACUCUCAUGGCGAUUACUAUCCACACGGACAUCCGUAUCCGCAUGCACAGCAACCGCAGCUGGUGCAACUGGUGACCACUAAGCGACCUGCAACAACUCCAGCUCCUUUCAGCAAGAUCAAGUAUCUGCUGCGGCACAACAGUCUCUUCAAGAAGAAAAAGAAGGAGUGGUUCAAUCAUGUGGGUCAUGUGCUUUAUCCCUUCAUCAAGUUUGUCGCCUUCUUCACCGUGUUGAAUCCCUUUACUCUUGGUGUGUUUCUCUUCACACUCAUCUCGCCCGUCGUCUUUGGCUUCCUUGGAUUUAUCGCCUUGAGUGUGCUGGUCAAACCCUUUUUGCAUCUCGUUUUUGGGGUCAAAGACAGCGUGGACGCCAUUGACAGGCAACGUUAUCUGGCCAACAAGCGUGCUCAGCAACUAAAGCUAAAUCUACGUCCAGUGACUAUUCACAAACAUUACUAUCAGCAGAAGCAGCUGCAUUCGACGCCUCCUCAGCGAUAUCGUCCCCUUGCUGACUGGCGAAGACAGUCGCCUCCACACCCACUUGAUCGACGACAGUUAGCUCCACAUCCGCCAGAGAGACAGCAAACAGCUUCUCUUCAUCCACCCGAAAGACGACCUACUCGUCCUUCUCGUCCACCAGAGCGGCGUCACAAUCCUUUGCUGCCCGCAGAUCGAGAAGUCUUUGGCUUUCUCUAA